AUGCAUAAUCAAUUACAAAUCAUUAUCAACAACCAAACCAGGGAUUAUCAACAGGAGUUCUAUAUGAGUAUACCACCAAGUAGGUCGUCUGUUGAUGACGUAACUACUAAGUAUGAACUAUCUUCAUUAGACGAUUCUACUUUUAAUCGACCUUCUUCCCAAUUCACCCGAUCAUUGGCACUCAAAAAAAUAUCACCUUCAUUAUCACCACAAUAUGAAGAUCAACAAUCUAACACACACCACAGACAAGAGGGACGUUAUAAUAAUGAUAGUGAUAGUAAUCAUAGGCUGAGGAAAUCUCGAAGGGUUUCAAUAUUACAUAAAUUUAUAACAAAUUGGUUAAUUAUGGAUCCAAAUCUAUUAGAUCACAAUGACGAUAAGCCACUCAGGAAGAAUUAUCAAAAAUCUGAAAAUUCCAAAUAUGUAUUCUUUUUAGGUGGAAGAUUACAUACUAUUAAAAGUAAGAAUCCAACAAGUAUAAUCACAUUCAUGUUAAUUAUUAUCCCUGGUGUAUUAUUCAUUAUAUUUGAAGCCUCAUGGCAUUGGAACAAUAUAUCACCUGCUAUAACAAUGAUAUUUAUUUAUUUAUGGAUGAUUAAUAUUAGCUUAUUUUUGAAAUUAGCCACAGGUGAUUCGGGAAGACUACCCAAGAAUAUUCAUAUUCCUAAAAAACUAACCAAAGUACAACAACAAUCACAGGGACAUAUUGAUCAUUGGGAAAUUGAUGAUCCUCCACUGGAAUAUUUUAAUACUUUAACACUACCUUAUGGUAAGAAAGAUCAAUUGGGAAUCCAAGUGAAAUAUUGUACUACAUGCCAUGUUUGGAGACCUUCAAGAACAAGUCAUUGUGGGAUUUGUAAUAUAUGUGUAUUAAAUCAUGAUCAUCAUUGUAUCUUUUUGAAUAAUUGUAUUGGACAAAGGAAUUAUAAAUAUUUCUUAUGGUUUUUAUUAAUCACUGUUGUUAAUUGUUUUUAUUUGUUGAUUGUAUCAGUUAUUCAAUUAUGCUUUUAUAGAAUUUAUCAUCAUUAUCAUAAUCAUAAUCACCAAGAGACAAGUAUACACAAUAUGAGACAGUCGGUUCAACAUCAUCCAGUUGGGUUAUUGAUUGUUAUCUAUUCAAUAUUAGGUAUCGUUUACCCGUUGUUGUUAUUAUUAUUUCAUGGGCUUUUAACCAGUCAAAAUAUAACAACAAGAGAAUAUCUAAAUUAUGUUUAUAAACAAAAAAAUGGUGAUUUUGUCAAUGUUUAUCAAAGAUCAUUUUUCAGGAAUUUAUACAUCAAUUGGUUGGGUAAAUCAAGUGGCGUCGGGUUGACUUUCCCAUUAGAUAUUUACAAAGAUGGUGAUUUAAGGUAUCAAACAAUCGACCCCUUGAAAGCAUUUGAAUAG